AAUUUCCAAAAUUUAUAUUAAAAAAAAGAAGCUUUUCCUGUCUUUCCCGUUUCUUCUACACUCCCAAAAUCAACCAAACUUCCCAUUACUCAUAGAAACUCUCUGCGUUUCUUCGAAUUCCGCCAUGUUCAACGAUCAGGCACCAGCGGUAACUUCCAGAGCCAGCCAUGGCGGAGACGACGAUGAUCAAAUCCGUGAUAUUCAUGCUCUGACCUCGCCGCAACCACCGCCGGUGACGGCUAAUCGGAACCGCCGCGGUGAGGCCUGGGAAACGACGAGUCAGAGAUCGACUUCAAUGGCCAGCGAAGGCGGCUCUAGUGAGAAUUUCACCUCCAUGAGUCGAGAGUUUAAUGCUCUCGUUAUUGCCGGCGCGGAGAUAGGCGAUGAUUAUCGCCGUGAUCGACCGAUUAACGAAGCUCCAAAUAACUUGAGCCGAAUCAGAGAGGAAGAGUAUACGCCAGAGGAGGAGAUGAAUCCGUUAGCGAUCGUACCAGACGGACAUCCGUUCGAUGAUCACUUAGCGCCGUUGGCGAUCUCGAGACAAGAGAACAGGAGAGGCGGUAGCGGUACGGCAGCGACUAGAGAGAUUUCGUUGCAUAUGGUGAAGAAGGAGGAAGUGGAGACGAAGAUAAGUGCAUGGCAAAACGCGAAGAUUGCGAAGAUUAACAAUCGGUUCAAGAGAGAAGAUGCGGUGAUCAGUGGAUGGGAGAGGGAGCAGGUUCAGAAGGCGUCUUCAUGGAUGAAGAAGAUCGAGAUUCAUUUUGAAACUUCACACAUGAACAAGCUGAAUUUAUGCAGAGAUCAUUCCAUUGUGAGAAAAUUGGAAGAGAAGAGAGCAAAAGCAUUAGAAAAAAUGGAGAAUGAAGUAGCAAAAGCACACAGAAAAGCAGAGGAAAGAAGAGCAUCAGCAGAGGCGAAGAGGGGAACAAAAGUGGCCAAACUCAUUGAGAUAUCAAACUUGAUGAGAGCAGUCGGAAGGCCACCAGCCAAGCGCUCCUUCUUCUAAAUUCCUCUCCUUCCAUUCUCAUAAUCCCAAUGCUUUUGCAAUUGAUUAAGGACAUGGACAAAGCCCAUCUCCUUACAACAGCCAUUUCUUACACCAAAACCAACUUGAAACAGCCUACCAAAAGUAAAGAACAGAAGCAAUGGCAGAGGUGGUCAAUAUUUCAUCAAAUAUAAGGCAAAAAGGAGCCUGGUUCGCCAUUGUGGACGGUAUACAAUUUUGUAUCUUGUUCUUUCUUAUGUACAAAUGAUACGAACUAUUGUAGAUGGUAGCUUCGAUGCUUAAACAAUUUAGUAUUGACUAGAAGGUAUAUGAAAGCUUAUGAAUUCAAAG